AUGGCUGAACUCGAUUUUCUUUUAAUUCUAACAACAUGUUUCACAUCAAGUCUGUGUAUUACACUAAUCAUUCCUUUGCUACCUCUUGAGCUCAAUAAAUACGAAUUCAGCGAGACUGUGUUUGGAUACAUUUUUGCGAUAGAUCCAACUCUUUGAAUGAUCGGAUCUCUAGGAGUUGGCAAACUUAUGGUAUUGGUAGGAAGGAAAGCUAUUCUUCUCAUUGGAGUCUGUACACUUGGUUUAUGACUGGCUUUAUUGAGUGUUAUAAGCUACACUACAGAUACAACUGUCAUUCUUAUCCUCUGAUUUCUGUCAAGAGCAUGCCAAGGAUUAGCUACUAGUAUGGUCCAAACCACAUCUUUUGCGAUUAUAUCAAAAAUAUUUGAAGAACGAAAGCAAAAAUAUUUUGCAUAUUUGGAAGGAUCGCAAGGGCUUGGACUUGUCCUUGGUCCUGUAGUAGGAGGGUUAUUGUAUAUGAGUAUUGGAUUUAGCUCAACCUUCUAUGUACUUGGAGGAUUUUUAAUAAUGAUAUUCCUCAUUCUUUAUUUCAAGCUUCCUCGAACAGUGAAUGACACUGAGAAUCCCUUACUCGAACAAACUGUUCAAAGAAGCGAUCAAGAAAGUACAAGAGUCAGCAGAGAUGUAAUUAGACCUGUAGGAUAUUGAGACUUACUAAAGAAUGCUUUAUUUGCCUUAUCCAUAAUAUCUGUAACGAUUUCAACAUUCCAGUUUGCUUAUUACUAUCCCAUUAUUCCUCUCGAGUUAUCAGAUUUUGGCCUUUCUGAUUUAGAAAUUUCAUUAUUUACUUCUCUACAGCCUUUGGGCUACCUAUUCUGCACUCUUUUUAUCCUUCCUUUAUGCUCAAAACUGUUCUCAAACAUAAAGAUGGUGGCUUGAACUUUAUUAUUAGGAGGAGUAAGCCACUUAUUGGUUGGCCCAAGCGUUCCACUUCCUCAUAGCCUCACUUUGAUGAUUAUAGCUCAACUCCUUGUUGGUGUAAUUCUUAUAUUUCUAAUGAUUCCAUCUUUUGUAUUAAUGAUAGAGAGCGCUGAAGUAAGAUUCCCAGCUCAUAAGUCCUAUGUAAACGACUUAUCAUCAGGCAUGUUCAACUUCUGAGGUAAAUUUGGGCAAACUUUUGGAGCUAUAUAUGGCAGUCAUCUAUCAAAAAUAAUAGGAUUUCGUAAUGUGUGCACUACAGUCUCAAUAGCUAUCUUACUAUUCUCAAUCGUGUAUAUCUGCCAUCUUUUGAGAAUAAACAGAAAAAAUAAAUCUCUACCUUCAUCCCAGCCAAAUGGGCCUAAGUUAUACAAAAGAGAUCAUAGCAACAGCCAGCACAUUACAGUUCAAAGUCUCGCUUCAUAA